UUAAAAAGAUAACUUAGCUCGAUUAGAAGAAUUCGACCAGCGCUACAUUUUAGAUUUUGGUUUUUCUUUUCCUUUUUUUUUUUUUCUGAUGCCGUGAAUUCUAUUUAUUCUGAUCUAGAAGUUCUGUCAGUAGUGGACCUCUCGGGUCGUUCGAUGCGAGAUCUGAAUAUGUGAGGAAGUUCCGAUCGAGAGCCGCCACGUUGGAUCGGCGAAAGGGUAGGGGCGCAGUUCUCCGUUUGCCGCCCCUCAUGAUGGGCACCGAUGACCACCGGGCACGACCCACCGGAAAAACGAAUCUCAUGGCAGCAUGUGAGCAAGGCAGAACACUCGAGGUCAAAAUUAUUUUGCAGAAAAAGCCUCUUGCCGUUGCUAGUCGCGAUCGCAAUGGUAAGACGGCGCUGCACUACUGCGCCGAGUCAGGCAGCGUGGCCUGUGCCCAGCUCAUCCUGUCGGCCGACCCGUCUCUGCUCAACCUGCCCGAUGAAGAUGGCUUCACUCCCUUACACUUAGCCAUCAUUGCCGGCAGCAGAUCCGUCGCAAAGCUGCUACUCAAGCACGGCGCUGAUCCCGAUAGGAUGGACAAAGAGAGACACUCCACCGUCCAUUGGGCAGCAGUGUGUGGAGACUUGGAGAGCUUGGAUCUUCUGCUGAACCACGGCGCCAAUCCUUCCACACCCGAUAUUCUGGGCGCUUAUCCCAUCCACUAUGCCGCCCAGAUGUGCGGGGCUCACAGCCUAAAUGGAAAGGACCCGGAGACGGGACUGAAUAUCCUCAAGAAACUAGUCCAACGAGGUGCCUCCAUCCAGUGCAGAGACAGGGACGGAAGGGAACCGCUGCUCUGGGCUGCCAGCACAGGGAGUAGUGAGGCUGUGCUCAUCCUUUUCGCUGCCGGUGCCAGCAUUACUUCCACUGAUAAAGAUGGUCUGACAGCGCUGCACUGUGCAGCUAGCCGAGGUCACACAUCGUGCGUGGAGACACUGAUAACACUUUGUGGAGCACGAAUCAACGCCGGGGACUCCAUCGGCUGCUCGGCACUCUUCUACGCAGCCGCACAGGGGCAUGCAGACAGUGUCCAAGUUUUGCUCAAAUACAGCGCCGAUCCUAACUUGCAGGACGACAAAGGGAGAACGCCCGCUCACUGCGCCGCCGCCAAGGGCCAGCUAGAGAUCCUGCGUAUCUUGGACAGCAAUGGGGCGGAUCUAUGGAUCAGGAACAGCCGGGGAAACCUGCCGUUGCAUGAAGCAGUGCAGUCGGGAAGAAAAGAUCUGGUACAGUGGUUGCUGGGACAGUGCCCUCGGGCCGUUAAUGCGACCAACAUCAACGGGAGGACACCCUUGCACAUCGCCUCUCAAAAGAACAACGUCGAGAUGUGCGAGGUCCUAAUCGACUAUGGUGCACAUUUAAAUUCUCUUAUGGUUAAUGCUAAAGGUUUCCUAAUGAGCCCUUUGGACGCUGCGGUUUAUCAGGGGAAUCAGCGUUGCGCCAAAUAUCUCCAACUACAUGGAGCCGUACCAGCCACGAAAGUUCUGGAAAACAAUGAAAUAAACAGGAAUUUGCUAUUCUCUCUCGGAAAUUAUGCCUUUAACCAAAAGGAAAGAUCAGACGAAGAACUGGUUUCAGCAACCUCUUUCGAACAAAUGCGAGGAAUGGUCAAAACAGAUCACGGGCCCGUCCUGCCCAGAGAUGCUCAGACUCGGACAAUACGAGCCGGACAACAACCUCCACUGCCACAAGCGGAAGUGCCUCCAGAAUCACUUUUGACCAAUGUCACCUCAGAGGAUAUUACCGAUGCAUCCGUCCAUAUCCAUCUCAGUCGGGAUGACCUCUGGUCACUUUGGGAAUCACUAAUGCAAGAACUCACAUCAGAACUGUCUGAAGACAGAGAGGGAUCUGAGGCGUCCUCUGAAGACAAAGUCAAAAAGUCAUCCGAGGUACGACAGCUGAAGCCCAUACUGACCAAUGUAUAUCUUCGGACUUCUAGUACGAGGAACCAGCAGGACAUCAUUGCUGGAGAAUCUAUUUUGGACAAAAGCAUCGUCGUAGGAGUAACCGAAGAUGAUGAUAUCAAGCCCAAAGUCGCAGCAGAAAGUUCCAGAAGAAGAAGGCAUUCGAGAUCUACAAGGGAAGAUCUCAAAACUACCCUCCCGAAAGUAGCAGAGGUUGAAAAUUCUUCAAACCACGAAAUAGAUGAUCAGCAGAGCAAUAACACUCAUGAUAAUAACAAGAGUUUUCGAGAGCCUGAAGAAGCCGCCGAACGCACGGAUUUAUCAGCUCAGAAUGAGUAUUCAGACAGCGUGGGCAGCGAUACAGAACAUCGCAGUGCUUUCACGGAAGCUAAAGCAACGAGACUGAGGAAGCGCAGGUCCGACGGGAGAACUUGGGGCAAAGAACCCGAAGAAAGUGAAACGAGUAGCGGACAUCGUCCAGAGCAGAGAGAAGCCAAUCCUUACUUGAAAAGAUACUUUCAGAAGCAGGCUAGAGCAGCUGAAAUGAGAAAUUAUCUUUCUGGCAUAGAUGACAAAGGAAGGCCGCAAGACGAAGAUCAGCAGCAGCCGAAAAGCCAUCACAAGUCCUACAAACAUGUUGUGCGAGAAGAUUACGAUGAUGUGUUUUAUAAUAAGCACAGGCGAAAAUCUUCUCGCAUAAAAGAAAAUUUAGGGGAUGAUAAUGUUGAUGAGGCAUCAACCCUCAAAAGGAAACAUAGGAGAAAAUCUCUGAAGGCAAAUGUAAAUGUCACCGACCAAAAUAUAAACGAUGUUUUCAAAAAUGAUGACCAAGAGGGAGAUGACCAGGUUAAAUCAGGUAAAAGACUUUCGAGAGCGUCAGGGAAUCAUCAAGGUGAUUAUAAAUCAAAUAGAAAAAUUAAAUGCGAAUGUAUGAGCCCUGUUAGAGCUUCAUCUGUAAGCCCAAAAAUCAAAUUGGGAGCUAAUGAUGAAGAAUCUCCAAGCCGACUCCUCAGUGGGAACCAUAGAGGUUCAAUUAACUUUCUAGAAGUACCGCAUCAAAAUAAUGCUGUUAUUGCAAGUAGUAAUGACGGAGACAAAUCUGAAGAAACAGAACAAAUUCUCAGAAAUAAACUUCAUCACCAUUAUCAUCAUCACCACCACCACCAUCAUCACCAUCACCAUCGUCCCCCACUUGAAAAAGAUGUAAGUCUACAUGAUGAAAAUCAGCAUUUUACCCAGCAUAGAAGGCAUAGAAGACAUUACCACAGAAAAAGGUCACGCCUGCGAGAAAAAAGAGGAAGUGCUGAUACCCUUAAGGAAAUCGGAAAUUUAUCUGAUGGCGAAUAUAACCUUUACGGAAGAGAUAACCGUCCUUCCAGUAUUGAAGAGAAGCGUUCGAAAAGUGAAAUGUCUGGAUUGCCAAGAUUAAGCUCGAAAGAUAUUCUGUCCCCAACUGUCUUUAAACAACAUAUUGUUGCAAUAUCUGAUGAUGAAAGUAAGCAUUUAAUAAAAAACGAAGAAAGGUCCUAUGAAAAAGAAACUCCAAUCAAUGAAAAUACCUAUCAAAAAUCUGAAAGCAGCAAAUAUAAAAACAUUGAAAACCUUCCACAGCAAUCUUCACAAAAUGAAAUCGCAAUUAACAAUGAUUCGCAGGUAUUAACAUCAGUAAGUUCAGACCGUGAAAAAAGCAUUUCGAGCGCAAAGGAAAACAAAACAGCAAAUGCUACAGCUCGAGUCAAAAGACAAGAAAAAUUAACUGUGGGCAAACAAAAACAAAAGAAAAAUACAAUGAUAGUAGCUAAGACGCAGGACAAGAAAUCAGAAUUGCAAGCCGAAACUGUGAAAGGAGAAUCGAAGCUUAAAACACGUAGUCCAAAAGGAACUGAGAAAGUUAAAAGUGAAAAAUCUGGAGUUCGAAGACUAUCCUUGGGCACUAAAAAACGGAGUCCAAAAAGAGAACAAGGAAAAUCGGUUCCGAAACCUCUGAAAACUGCUCACAGCAUGUCAGAACUUCUUCCAAAUAAAACAAAUGAUGAAGACACUAAACAAAAAAGCAGAUCAGCCCAAAUACAAAAAAGUUCAUUACUGCCAGAUAUUAGAUUAUUUUCGGUUGAAGGUGAUCCAACUUACCUUUUACACAAAGAAGUGAACGUCAGUACAGAUGUUCCACAAAAAAUGGAAAUGCAAGACCAUCUAGACAAUAAAUAUAAAGGAGAAUCGGAAAUAUCAGAUUUAGCCAAUGAAAAAUCAGAACGUACAGCAUUCACUCCUAAACAUAACAAUGAGGAUACCUUUGGACAAGAUGAACCUUUAUACGAAGACACUGUUGGAAGAAACGGAUUCGAAAGAAAUGAAUCGAGCAGCAAAGGAUCAAAAUCAGCAUUAAGUGAUGAUGGGACGGAAAAGACUUAUUUAUCUCAUUCUUUCGGAAAAAGCAGGAAAAUGUCAGUCACAAAUGCCGAAGGUUGUAAUGAAGCAGAAAUUGAAAGCAACGGCCAACAAAGGGAUGUUCGGGAAAGAAAUAAAAAAUUAGGGGAGGAAGAGAAUAACUCCAAAGCUAAGGUCUCAAAUGACCAAAAGUUGCGUAAAAAUUCAAUUCUGCAAAGCAAUGAAAGUGAUGACAAAAUUUCAAGAGAUGAUAAAGAUAAUUCUUAUGUACACAUUGAAAAACAAUCAAUUGAAACUGAAAGUCGUUCGACAGAAGAUGCUGAAGAAACACAUACAACCAUAAAUAAUUUUCAAACUGAUCAGAACUUAGAGUUGAGGUCCGAAAAUAUUGGCAUAGAAAGUAGCGAACAAAAUGCAAAUAGUGUAAAUAAUGAUUUAAUUCCAGAGAAGAAAGAGUUAUUCAAUGAAUCUCACAGUUCUGUAUCUGUACAUGCCAAUGUUGAUAAAAUCCCUCAAGAAAAUGAAAGUAUAGAUUUAGAUGAAAAAGAUAAAAAAGAAAAGGAGGCGGAUUUCGUUUCAAAGCAGAGUAUAAUUUCAAAAGAAAUUCAAAAAAUAGAGGGUAACGAAAACAAUAGUGAAUACCUCAGUAGAGAAAAUGAAACAGAAUCAACUGAAAAAAUUGAAGAAAAUUAUAGAAAAACAGAAACAUACCAACAUGAUAGAGAAAAUUCUAUUUACAAGGUGAAAGAUUCGGCGAUGGAAUCAAAAGAUGAAAUAUUUCAUGACUCGUCAAAUCAAGAGAACGAACCAAAUGAGCAUAAAAGGGAAGAACCUAAAGAAUAUGCUAAAGAGCUGGUAAUGAAGGACGAGAAACAAAACCGUUCCCCUGAAGAAACCGAAUUCCAAAACACCGAAGAUCAACAAGAAAAUGUGGAUCAUUCAUUUGAUGGCAAUAAUGAGCCUAAAGAAGAAACGUCACCUCAGACUGAUCAGAUGGUUGAUGAAGAUCAAGCAAUAAAUGAAAAGAUGACUCAAUUUGAAGUUCCCAAGAAUGUAACACACUUUCAAACCGAUGAAUCUGCUUCUGAAGCGGAAACGAAAUUCGAAACUGAUGAAAGCGAUGAAAUACAGCCGGAACCAGAUAUCACAAAGCUGCUGCUUCUGUCACAAGACAACCAGCACAUAUCAUCUUUUGAAUCAAACACAGAAACAAAUGUAUCUUACACUAAAGAAGCCGUACAUGAACAAGCCGAUUAUACAAAUGAUUCAAAUCAUAAAGAUGUAAUAUUGAACUCGGAUAACCACCUAGCGUUGCAUUCAAAGGAAAAUAAAAUGGGAAAUGAAAACAUUGAAUCAACGAAAUGUGACCUCAAGGAACAGGAAGUAAAUAAAGCUUUAGAACCAUUAAAACAAUCAGAAGAAUCUUCCCAACACGUCAAUAUUGAUGACAGGCAAAUAACACCAGAAUUAAUGCAGACGGACAGAGGUAUAAACGAUCUUCAGCAUUUCAUUAGUACUUCCGAAUUAAUUAAAGAGCCCGAAACAGAAGUUCUUCGAAGAGAUAAUAGUAGUCAAACAAUUUCAAAUAGAGGAGAGACUGCCUUCGACCAACUUUCGAAAGCGAGCCACUUCCAAACUAGUGAUAAUCAAGCACAUGAGGCGGAAACGCAAAGUAAUCAAGAUUAUGCAGAGAUACACAGAUCAAUAUCAGUACAGACGAUGAACACCGUUUCACUGCAUGAUAUGUCUUUAAAAUCGAGGAGAGAAUCUCUUAAAAAUCCUGAAAAAAUAGCUUCCCAUAGUAAUAUAUCUGUGCAAACUGAUGAAUUGCUGAACGUCCCUCAUGCAGUUGAAGUAUCGGCAGAUGAUAGGCAAAGCAUAAGAGAUGGGAGGAAAAUCAAUGAAUCAGAUAAGUCAAACAGAGAGAAGGAACUCGAAGCUGAUGAAGCAGCUGAAGUGAAAACCAAAAAUAGUUCAACAAAAUCUUCUCCGGGGAAACACAAUCCAAGUGCUGUUUUUUACCAAACAAAAUCUGACGAAACUAGCUUAAAAUACAAGGGGAAAACUCCCCAGACAAAAGUACAGAAUCGUAGUGCAUUAUUUUACACAACGCCAGCUAUUAGAGAAAGAAAUUUACGUAAGUCAAACUCAUUAGCUCGAUCAGAAUCGCUUGAAAAUCCUAACAAUCAAGAUUCAGAAACUAAAACAAAAAGGAGGUCAUCCAUCCGCGACAGAUCAUUAGAAUCUGAAAAAGCAGUUGCCAUUGCGAAUUCGGCAUUUCGAAAACUGAAUUCAAAUGGUGAAUUGACCGUUUUUAAUAGUAGCCUAAUAAUACCAAAUACUAACAAUCAGAAUGGAUCAAGUUUUCAUUUCGAUAAUUCACAAAAGUCGUCGUGCCAGAGACGCGGUGAAUAUCCAAGUUUAGAAAAGCCGGGGUUUUUAUGGGUGCAUUUCGGAUCUGGUAGUAGCCCCAUACACACUUUGAAAAGAAAACCUACAUUCACAAGUCAGAAAUUCAAGAGGGAAAAGACCAUCACUGUUCCUGAAAAGACGGACAGAAACUACAAAUUAACUAAUAAGAAACUUAAUAACUCCAAUAUAUCGAAGAAGCCUGGUAUAAAUAAAAAAUCUGAUGCAACACUAGACAGUGAAAAUGUUAAUAAAUCUAACAACGAGAAAGUGCCAAAAGGGAAAAGAUUAAUUGCCGGUAGUGCGGUCAAAAGUAUGCCAGCUCUGCAAGUAACUUCAAAGGUCCUCACUGAUAAAAAUGCACGAUCUAUGAAAGCAAGGAGAUUAAAAAAGGAAUCUCAUGAGAAAGCGUCAGAAAAUCUUACUAAAUCCAUGCAUCAAGUGUCUCAUUUAAAGACUGAAAAAGGCUUGAGUGAAAAGUCAAGCCACAAAUUUAAAUCAGAUGCAUCUACGCUUCAUGCUGAGACGAUACCAAAAAAAGAAUCGGAAGAUAACCCAAAAAGCCCCAAAAUAGCAAUGGCCUCUAAAGAAAAGACUUUGAAAAGUCAGUCUAAAAUUCCCAAAAAAGGAAAUGCCGACGAUGCAGAAGGUGCCACUACAGUUGCAGAAACCGGGAAUGGUAGGAAAGAGGGAAACAAGGUUAAUUCACCGAAACAAGGAAUCAAAUCCAGUACGGCGCUCAAAGAUGAUGAAAACAAAGACGAUGAAAACAACAAGGCUCAGCGUCUAAUAGAAACUGCAAAAUCGUCUUCGCUUGACGAAGGUGAUGUGAGAUUAGUCAUUGAAAGAAAGACAGAUCCAGGUGUAAGUAUCCAAAUUAAAAUGAAAGAUGGGCACAUGAAAGAUAAGCGUAAAAAUACAGAAAUCACUGAUCUCAGCUCAACCCAGGGAGAAAGUGACCACUCUUAUGUGAAAGAUUCAGGCUAUAUUAGCACGUCAGAGUCCAUACACAAACAUAGGCGUUCUAUUACUAUUGAUCUCGGUCAUACCACAGCGAAGAUCAAUGCUGGAAUCAAAAACUCUUCUCUGCAAACUACUAUGUCAAAAGAAAAGACAUUUUUGUUGCCUUCUGUUUGCAACAAUGGCGAAGAAAUUACUCAGAAUACAGACGAAGUCCUAGCGUCCGGAAAGAGUAUAAGGAAGACCAUUCCAAGUAAGUUACCAGUUCUGGAAUCUCCUCGUCACAGAUCGAAUUCCUUGGUCUUCAUGGACUACAACCGCUCUCCUCGGAGAGACUCGCUCACGUCCAGCGAGAUAUCAGUGGAAUCUUUCCGAUCCAGUAACUUGACAACCAAUAAAAUUUCUGAACGAAGAGGCAGCUUCGUUUCUACUUUGAACGUCCCUGGUACUAAAGAAGCACUUCAAGAUGGAAUUCAGAGGCAGACUGCGAAAUCUUCUGGAAGAUCACAGAUCUCACAUAGAAGAUCCAGCAUUCCCAUCUACAAGGCUUACUCGGACGGCAAUCUGCACUCUUCCAAACCUUUCCCACGUCUCAGCAAACACUCACUGAGUACGCCCUCCGUUGACAAAUUUACGGCGGAAAGCAAGACACAGUCUUCCCCGAGAAAAAUGUCCAGCAUCAGAGAGUUGUCCAAAUCGCCAGGCGAAAUGACGCAUAGUGACACAGAGGUUCAUCUCAAAAAGGUCGAAAAACUGAAAUUGCCUUCCAUCCUUCUAUACGAACCAGAAGAUAAUUAUUCCUCGGAGAAAGAGACCAGCGAAAAGAAAUUCCCGAACAUCCAAAAGUCACCCAGCAAGUCCAGAUCUAAAGGCAUGUCACCACUUCCAGAUACCAGUGCCUUUUCCACAGAGAAUAUGUCUUUGAAACUACCCCUUUUGCAACAAGUAGUGCGCUGCAGAUGUAAUAUCCAACCACAUCAGUAUUGGGACGGUCGCAGAACCCGGUCAGCUGUGGACUGUGUCGCCAAUGUGCAUUUCCUCUCCGAAGAAGAGAUGACCGAAUUUGAUUCGAGGUUCUCUCCUCUGGCAGGUCGCAAAAGUUUCAGCGGGGACAAAAAAAGGAGGACAUCCUCCCAUCAUCAUCGAUACCGAGCCCUGAAGACGCAGACCUUGAAACGAUUAAAUGCUGGCAGGUUGUCGGCAGACAAAGCUGUGACAUUCCAUGUGGACCACGCUAGGGAGAGGAACACAUUCAAGCUACCGACAGAAAAACUGGAGAAAAAUAAGAAAUGGCAAGUUGUGUUUACGAUAGCAAAAUCGAAAGAUAAGAAGCAGAAAUCGGAGGAGGGUUGAGAAAUUUCCUAGAAACAGAAAGAAUAUUGUUUCAAAAAUAAUGUCAUAUCAAUUAGAGAAACAAUAAGAUACUCGAAUCAACUAAUCAUUCAAAAAAGGAAGUCGCAACUCAACAUAAAAGCAAAACAAACUCACUUGUUUUUAAAACAGGAAAACAAGAGUUCAUGGAAGUCUGUAAAAGAUGGAGCCAGCAACAUUUCAUUCUGUCAUUAGGGACAGAUAAGAGUUAUGAAUGCAAUGAAUAAGUUUGAUGUGAAAUUAUGAAAACCCAGAGCUUCAGAAGCAACUUUAUAAAAAGAAAUCAGUGUCUGAUAAGAGGAGAAAAGAAACGAGAUCCAGAAUCAGGAAAUAUUUCAAAUGAAUGUAAUAAUGAUAUGCCGUUCAUGAAGCAUAACAAGAAUAUUACUAAGCAUCAAUCGAUGAUAGAGAUGGAAAACAGAAAAAUAUGAUCCUGUUCAGAGUCCGUUAUUCGAAAUAUUAUAGCAGGGAUUGUGAAGAUUCAUAAAAAAUGCAAGAAUAAAUAAUAGUUUUUCUAUGUGUUUGCUGAACUUAUAAUAAAGCUAUUUUUGUACUAAUGAAUUUGUUAAGU